UUUUCUGAUACCAAAGGUCAAAAUAUGGAGUAAAUCAAAACACACUCAAAUUUAUAUUCUUAUUCUUCAUAGCCAUCAUAUAAUUGUCCAUCCCACUUGUUUGUUUUCUCUUGUUAUGAUACAUUGAUAGACUCAUAGAAUAUAGUAUAAGGGGAUGGUUGGUGCAGAGUUGACAUAUAUCACGUUAUCACAAUGGUUAAUUAUUGUUUAUCAAGUAUUUGGAGGUUGUUGUACGAAUGUAUUUGUAUUGGAGACAUUGUUUAAGAAUAAUAAACUGGAUUAUAGUUUAACUACGAUUAUCACAUUCAGUCAAUUCUUAUUUGUAUCGAUUCUAAGUUAUUUUCCUAAUGCUGAUUUCAAACAAUCGAAUCUAAGAUCAUUAUAUCUUAAACCUACCCAAAUCCCAAUAAAGAAUUGGUUAGUUUUAGUAGCUAUGUUCUUCACUACUUCGAUUUUGAAUAAUGCCGUAUCCAAAUUCAACAUUACAAUCCCAGUUCAUAUCAUUUUCCGAUCAAGUGGAACAGUAGUGACAGUAUUAGUCGGGAGAAUGUUUGGUAAAAAGAGAUAUAAUCGAGAUCAAAUUAUUUCAGUAGUUAUAAUCUCAUUUGGAAUCCUUAUUGCUAAUUUGCCAUUAGCUAUAUCUGAAACUUCUUAUCAUCAUUUUAAAGUAAAUUAUGAUUUCGUCAUUGGUCUUUCGAUAUUACUUUCAACAUCGAUAUUAGGGGCAUUCAUGGGUCUUUAUAAUGAAUUGUUAUUCAAGAAAUAUGGCACUUAUUGGCAAGAAAGUUUAUUCUAUACUCAUUUCCUUGCAUUGCCAUUAUUUCUUUUCGUUUCACCUAUUGUAAUCAAAGAGUUUAAUAUCAUCUGGUAUGAUAAGAAUUAUAUAACUCCAGAAAUUAAAAUUUCCCAACAAUUCAUUAAUCUUUUACUCAAUGUUGGAUCUCAAUACUUUUGUAUUACAGGAGUUAAUAUCUUAGCUAGUAAAACCACUGCUUUGACAGUGACGGUUGUAUUAGUAGUAAGGAAAUUUAUAAGUUUAAUCAUGAGUGUGUUAUGGUUUGGUAAUGAACUUACUAUAUCUGGUUUAGUAGGAGCAAUGACUGUCUUGAGUGGAGCUCUUUAUUAUAGUUAUGCUACUAAUAAGAAGAAUAAAGAAGAUAAUAUCAAAUUAGAAUGAUAAAUCAAAGUACAAUGAAACUUUAUGAUAUAUAGUUAUAUAUUAUUACAGUAUAGAACAAUAAUAAAACAAAGAAAAAAAUAUGAUGCAAAUUGAGACUUAUAAUACUAAUCGUAGAUUGAUUUAAGAUGCAGAACUUCAUUACUAUCACCAAAUGGAUCAUUAUCAUCAGCAGGAUU